AUGUCGCGACUUCUUUCAUCGGCGCUCUCGCUACGUCGCGACCCUCGUAUCCUGAAGCUACCCCCUUACUUGUCCUUCCUCUGCAUCGCGGUCGGUGUGAUCUGGCUGUUUCUUCUACCCCUAAACGAAUACUCGCGGCGAACAUAUAUCUCGGAGAACGCUCUGCUACCUGGACAAGUCCAUACGUAUUUUGGAGGAAGCGAGCAAAAUAUCUUCCGCGCAUACCGCCACGAGGUUGAUGAUGUUGUCAACAAGAGUAAUUACGAAGUCAACGAUAGGCUGGAAAAGAUUCUGACCGGUGUUGGACUCAAGGUUGGACGUCAGAACUACACCUACAACUCGGCUGGCCAUGAGUACUCAGGACAGAACCUCUAUGCUAUUUUGCAAGCCCCCCGCGGUGAUGCUACAGAAGCUAUUGUCUUGGUUGCGGCAUGGAAGAAUGUUGAGGAGCAGCUAAACCGUAACGGCGUGUCUCUCGCUUUAACUCUUGCCCGUUACUUCAAACGCUGGUCCCUGUGGUCCAAAGAUAUCAUUCUCGUAUUCCCACCCGAUAGCAAGACAGGGACACAGGCUUGGGUAGACGCAUACCAUGAUGCCCACAAUCCUGACCUCGUUGCCCCCCUACCUCUCAAGUCCGGCGCGCUCCAGGGUGCUCUUGCUAUCGACUAUCCCCAAGAGCAAAGCUUCAAGUCUGUGCACAUAAUCUACGACGGACCCAAUGGACAGCUUCCCAACCUCGAUCUCAUUAACUCUAUAGUCAAUAUUGCUGGUGGCCAGAUGGGCAUCAGCACUUCUAUCCAGAAGAUGACAGAGCACACGGGCACUUACCCCGAUCGCUUGCAGACUAUGCUUCGUGGUAUGCUUAACCAAGGCCUCGGCUACUCAGCUAGUGCUCAUAGUAGCUUUAUUCCUUAUCACGUUGAUGCCGUUACUCUUCAGCCCUACGGUGAAGGAUGGCAUGAUGAAAUGGCCAUGGGCCGCGUGAUUGAGGGCUCAUUCCGGAGUUUGAACAACCUGCUUGAGCAUCUGCACCAAAGUUUUUUCUUCUAUUUGUUGAUGCAGACUGACCGGUUUGUCAGUAUUGGAACUUACCUUCCGAGUGCUAUGCUGAUUGCUGCCAACUUUACCAUCAUGGCCAUCUCUCUUUGGGUAAAGAGCGGCCAGACGCCAGCGACAGAGAAGUCCAAGGAAAAGGACUCGGCCACCUCUGUCGAUGCGAUACAAGCUGGAAGAGAUUUGUUUGUCCCACUAGGUGUCGUUGCUGUCUGCCAAGGCCUCGCAGCCGUGCCUCUAUACACCUUCAACCAUCUUCCUGCCAGUUUGCUCUCUCCCGCAUUUGCCGGCUUCUCCGUCUUGUCUGCCAUCCUUCCCUUCGCCAUCUCUCGCCUCUUAACGCUGUUCACCAAGCCCACCAUUCAGCACUUCCAGCUCACAAAGUCUUUCUCUUUGCUCGUUCUAGGAAUGUGCCUCUCGACUCUGGCUACGCUCAAUUUCUCUCUCGCUUUCCUCGUUGGUGUGCUAUCUAGCCCGUUGAGCUUUGUCCAGCCUGUCAAGAACCCAGCCCUGCGCUGGUCUUUGGCAGGAUUGCUUAACAUUGUGGCCCCGCCCACGGUAGUGUAUGCUGCAGCCCAACUCUGGCAUAUCAGCAUAGCAGACCUGUUAAAGGAGGCAAGCUUCGGGUGGAAUGUUUGGGGUAUGUAUACCCCAGUUGUGGUUUGGUGUCUUUGGUGGCCCGCUUGGCUCGUGGGCAUGGUCAACGUUUUUGGAGAGGUCGCUGCUUGA